CUCUGACUCUGACUCUGAGUGAGCGGCAGCCAGAAACAAGAAUGCCGCUGCGGCUGCCGCGUCACCGCCGCCACCUCGCGCCGGCACCAUGCGUCGGCCAGAGCCGUGCGGCGGCUUCGUGGGCCGCCGCCGUAGCCGACCACGCGCGCGCAGGCCGCCACGCCGCCGCGCUCACCGUCUUCCGACGCGUCCUCGCCGCCCACCCGGCCGCGGCCGCCGACGAGCUCGCCUACUCGGCGCUCCUCCGCUGCCGCGACGCCCGCCUGGGCUAUCAGAUACACGCGCAGGCGUGCCGCCGGGGCCUCGCCGCCUCCAACCCCGUCCUCGCCUGCUCCCUGCUCGCCUUCUACUCCGCCGCCCGCUCCGACCUCCCGGCCGCCGCCAGGCUGUUCGACGAAAUGCCAAUGCCGCGGAGGGACGCCGUCGCCUACACCGCCAUGAUGUCGGCUUUCAUCCGCGCCGGCGACUGGGCCCGGGCCCUGGCGCUCUACCCUCGCAUGCUCGCCGCCGGCGACGCGCCGCCCACCGAGCACACCUUCGCCAACCUGCUGGCACUCUGCGCCUCCAGGCAGCUGUGCUGCCACGGGAGGCAGCUCCACGCGCAGCUCCUCCGCUGGGGGGCCGACCUCAACCUGGUGCUCAAGACCGCGCUCCUCCACAUGUACUCCAGCUGUGGCUUCAUGGACCACGCGCACGCCGUGCUCUGCUCCACGCCCGACACGGACGUCGUGCUCUGGACGGCCAUGAUUGCCGGCUACUCACGCGCAGGAGACCUCCAGGCCGCUCUGCGCAUGUUCCGUCACAUGGAACAGGCUGGCGUGCUGCCCAGUGCCUUCACCUUCUCCGGGAUCAUCACCGCCUGUGCUUCUUCUUCCUCUGCCCAGCCCCAGGCGUCACAGACUGGACGGCAGCUCCAUGCCCGCGUCUUCAAGUUUGCUCUGGAGCACGACAUCUCUGUCUGCAACGCGCUCGUCGACUUGUACAGCAAGUCGUCCGCCCGUCUGCUCGACCUGCUCCAUGCGUUCAGUGCCACAGACAGCCCGAAUGUGGUGUCCUGGACUGCCUUGAUCUCUGGACUUGCACGCCAUGGCAGAGACAAGGAUGCAUUUGCGGCGUUCGCAGAGAUGCGGGCCAGCGAGGUGCAACCCAACUCAUUCACCGUCUCCACCCUUCUCAAGGGCUGUGGCUCCUCAGAAUCUUUCCUACAUGCUACAAAAAUCCAUGCUUAUGUGCUCAAGACCAGCCUUGGGUCUUUGGAUGUGUCUGUUGGGAACUCGCUGGUCGAUCUUUAUUCCAGGUUUGCAAGAAUGGAUGACGCGUGGGCAGUCGCGACAACAAUGGUCUGUGCAAGGGACAACCUCACAUACACAAGCCUUGCAAAGGGGCUGAAUCAGAUCGGCCUUCCAAGCAAGGCCCUUGAGUUGGUGGUCCUCAUGUUUCGUGAGGAGGUUCGUAUCGACGGUUUCAGUCUCGCCUGCUUCCUCUCUGCCGCUGCGACCUUGCCAUCCGUAGUGCCUGGAAAGCACUUGCACUGCUGCUCGCUGAAAUUGGGAUUGAGCAGUCAGGUCCCAGUUUCCAACAGCCUUAUCAACAUGUACAGCAAGCAUAAGUGUGUGGAGGAUGCUAAGAGCGUUUUCCACUCAAUCAGGGAGCCAAGUGUCGUGUCGUGGAACGCACUAAUAUCUGGGCUGGCAUACAACAAUGAGUGCUAUUAUGAAGCGCUGUCGGUUUUCGAAGACAUGACAUUGGCUGGGGCACAGCCUGAUAGUAUCACUUUCUCUGCUGUGCUUUAUGCCUGCACUCAUGGUGGCUUCGUUGACAUUGGCAUCAACCAUUUCAACUCUAUGAGGAAUUCGUUUGGUGUUUCCCCACAAAGGAGCCACUACACGCUCUUUCUGGAUAUGUUAGGACGAGCGGGUCGUCUUACGGAGGCGGCAUGCACCAUUGAGGCCAUGCCCAUCCGUCCUGACGUGUCCAUGUACAAGAAUCUGUUAGCAUUUUGCGAGCUCCAUAAUGAUCUGGUUGUUGCAGAAAAUAUCACAAGGAAGGCACUGGAGUUAUACCCAUCGGACACAGUAUUUCAGAAUACCCUUUCAGGCAUCAGUGGUGCUCCUUGGAAACAUGAGUGUGGUGCUCCAUGGAAACACAGGAUGAAGAGUGAUGCAGAUAUUCAAGCUAAAGCCUAACAGAUGCGAGCUAAGAUCUGUUUCUCUAUGCCAGGUUCUUGGAUGCUUCCUAUAUGGAUUUCCCACCAAAAAAUAAGAGCCACAAGGAUUAUUCCUCAGGCUAUUUCUUUCGACAUCGAGCAUGGGCUUACGACAAGAGCAACGCAGGAUUUUGUCAGCGGUCUUUUUCCUCUUCAAGGAUUUUUAUAGAAAUUCCUCUGCAUUGAAAUCACAUGAGACAUUCUAUAAAAAUAAAAUAGAUUAUGUUCCACCCCAUUCUGAAUCAAGCUCUUUGAGAGUCACUGCAGUGCAGAGUAUGGUAUGUGGUAUCCACUUAGUCAGUAUACAAUGUCAAUGAUUUGAGUUCUGGGGCAAGGAUAGGAUAAGUGUUGGGAAACAAAUAAACAUCAUGUGGAAGAUUCUGAUCCAUCGACAUUUGCCGAAGUGUGGCUGGUUCUUAUAGGUCCUUCUCUGAUCCUUCACUCGUGAUGUUGCCGGUAAUUGAUUGCAACCACAUGGUGACUAUUCUUCGUAGACUUUUCUGGGAUAUAUAUUAGUUCCUUACAUGAACUGCUUGAAAAUGUUAUACAACACGUCGAGCACCGUAUCCAGUCUUCGUGCCACAAAUGACCAGAAGCGGAAAUUAUAUGCUAGAAGAUACACGAUACAAGGCUCCAGGUAUAAUUUGUAAAGCUUCACAACAAAUGACCAGAAGCGGAUAGAAUAUGCAAGAAGGUACACGAUAACAGGCUCCAGGAGGAAUUUGUAAAACUUCACGCAGGACUGGACUAGUGCUUCUGGAUUCUGUAGAAAAUCUGCAUGUAUAUAUACUUUCAUGCUUAGCUGGAUUUUAGGUAGUAUUAUGGUUUAUACUACUGAAGAGUUUAUACAUAUAUACAUACCUUCAGCUUGUUUUGGAAGUAGGUCGAACAAAAAGGUAACAAAUAGAAGUAUGUCCUGUAAGAAUUGGAAAUAUUCCAUGGAGGGCAAUUAGCUAGAGGUAUUCGUCAAUCAGACUAAUAUAGUUGGAUGCAGCAGCAAAAAUAAGCUAUUAGUAAUAGUAUGCCUACCAAUGCCAGAUUUACUGGUUUCACAGGUGACUCGUUGAAGAUGUGGACUUUCCUGCGGUGUCAAUUAGAGAACAUGCGACAUUAGAAAGAAAGAGAAUACCAAGGUGAGAGCACAAUAUUGUGUAGAAAUUAGAGAACAUGCUAUCACGAGUGGGUAUUAAUUUCAGCUACCUAAUAAGAAGGGCUUCUCCUUUUGCUGAACACAUGUAGAAGCUGCAGCCUCUGGAACUUACCAAGGUGCCAUAUUGCUGCAGCAACAGUGGGUUCUACUCCUUGACAAACCUCAUCAAUAGCAAAUUUGACAUUCUUUCUCAUAGCUUCCAUAAGCCUUGCGAAGUAUGCAAUAGUAUCCUGCAGUCAGCAAACUAGCUGUUGUGAGUAUGGGAACCUUGUUUUAAAUUAAUAGCUUGAUGGCCAAAUACGCAGGGGACUCAACCAUGAGUUAUUGGAGGAUAUGAGAGAAUGAGGUGCUGGUAAAACCUUGAUGUCCAGUGGUUUAUAAUAUGAAGUGUGCUUGACGGUGCAAUCAGGGUCAAUCAGCUCCAUGAGCCGUGCGAUGUCCUUGUCAUUGAGGGAGGAGCAGAACUCCUGGAUCACAUGUGUCAUGGGUGAAGAUGGUAAGGUAUUACCUCUGCGGUCAGCAUUGUUGAGUCCCCCCGUUGCAUUUGGCCCUGGUAUCGCUCGUCUGGGCUUUGGCGAAUAUUGUUGCCUCUCCCCCCACUCGACGCUUAUCUGCUGGCGCUGGGACAGUGGGCGUUGUUUUAGGUUGAAAGAGGGAGACUGGAAAGAGACAAGCGUGAGGGCAGAGUUCAUGGCGUUUGGGUGUUUGAAUGCAGAAAGAUGUGAAGGCAUAGAGGAAUGAGGUGUGAUAUAGUGUUGCUGGGCACUUUUGGUUGCUUGGCUAUUAGAGAAUGGAUCUGAGUAUAGCAGGGAGGCUUCCUGGCAUGGAAUAAUUAGCGUGGUGCAUUGCUAAAGCAUAAAGAUUUGUUACGAUAUGAAGUAAGGAAUGUCUGCCUACAUAAUUUAUGGAGUAUCAUGCCAAUCUGUAAAAGGGUAGUAUAACUUUGUUCCUUGGUUUUCUUUAUGCUCUGAUUUACUUUACAUUGAGUUCCUUGGUUGUCUACAGAAAAGAAGACAAGGAGGGACUUGUCAAGGAAGGAAGAAAGAGGAAGAGAAAAAGAAAGAGAAGGCUGUAUAUCUUGGGAAAAGGGAAAGGGAAAUUAAGGGGAAGAGGAAGACUGAGACUGAUUUUGGUUGUCGUCACUUCCAGAAGAAGACUGAGACUGCCUCUAAUACAGCGUCAAUGAUUUGAGUUCUGGAGCAAAAGUAGGAAGCCUCUGGGAAACAAACCAACAUCAUGUGGCAUAUUCUGAGCCAUUGACAGUCCCUAUACUGCAGCUGGUUGUUGUAGGUCCUUAGCUCAUCCUUUACCCGUGAUGUUACCGGAUCUUACCAAGGUGCCACAUCACGGCCACAGUGGGUUCUACUCCUUGACAAACCUCAUCGAUAGCAAAUUUGGCAUUCUUCCCCAUAACUUUCAUAAGCCUUGUGAAAGGACUGAGCCAUAGAGAUAUUGGAGCAGAUGAAAAAGUGAGAUGCAUGCGGGUAAAACCUUGACAUCCAGCGGUUUAUAAUAUGCAGUGUCCUCGAUGACGCAAUCAAGGGAAAUCAGCUUCUCGAGUCGUGUGAUGUCCUUGUCAUUGAGGGAGGAGUAGAACUCCUGAAUCACAUCUGUCAGGGGUGAAGAUGGUUGAAAGAAGAGGGAGACUGGAAGGAGACAAGCGCGAGGGCAGAAUUCAUGGUGUUUGGGUGUAUGCUUUGCAUGCAGAAAGAGGUGAAGGCAUAGUGGAACAAGGUGUGAUAUAGUCAUGUCGGGUUGGUGGGCAUUUCUGGUUGCUUGCUGGUUAGAGAAUGAAUCUGAGUAUACAUAGAGGGGAAGAAGCUUCCUGGCAUCAAAUGUUAAAGCAUGAACAUUUGUUUGUUACCAUAUGAAGUAAGGAAUCGCUUUGGAUAUAAUAUAUAGAGGCAGGCAAGGUAAGAAUCAUGCCAAUUUGUGAAAAGCAGCUUCAGGAAGAGGAGGAAGUGGGAACCUCAUUCUUCAUGGUCCUCGUCUCCUCCAGCGUGCCGGACACCACCAUGGCUCAUCUGCCUCAUCUUCUUUGAAUACUCUCCGCAUGGACGCCAGCUUACUUGGUUACGCCAUAGGAGCAAGAAUAGGAUGAGCCUCGGGAAAUAAACCAGGGUAUCUUUGAGAACUGCUAUUCUUCUGAAAAUGUGGGAUUUCCUGUGGUAUUGCCUCCUUACAUGAACUCCUUGCAUAUGCUAUACAAAAUGAGGAGUCCCGUAAUCAAUCCACCCGCCACAAAUCUGAAAAGACGCGCGGUAAGCUCCAUGCAGAGCUCGUAAAGCUUGACAAAGGACCCAAGCCCUUUUGUGUCCUGUAGAAUUUCUGCAUGUGUGUUUCCAUGCUUAGCUGGGUUUUAAGUGGUUCUAGUUUAUUACUGUACUAAAAAGUUGAAUUUAUGAAGCACAUACUUUCAGCUGAUUCUGGAUUUUUGUCGAACGAAUAGGCAACGGAAUGAAGUAUGUCCUGUAGGGAUUGGAAUAUUUCAUGAAACACAAUUAGCUAGAGGUAGUCAGACUAAGAAAUAUAGUUGGAUGCAGCAGCAGAAUUAUGCCUACCAGUGCCUGGUUUCCUUGUUUCACAGGUGACUCAUUGAAGAUAUGAACUUUCCUGCAGCGUGGGUGAAAACAUUUAUUUAUUACCCCCUCCGUAAAGAAAUAUAAGAGUAGUGGUCUAAAGGCUCUUAUAUUUCUUUACAGAGGGAGUACAUCUAAAAGAAAUAUAAUCUUCAAGAGAUGGAUGGAAAUAUAGAAACACGGUAUUAAUAUUAUAUGGAAAUUUUGAGAAUAUGUUUUCUUGAGAAUCUCUGCUACCUGAUAAGAAGCUCGUCUCCAUUUGCUGAACACGUGCAGAAACUAAGGCCUUGGGUAAAUGGGAUGAUCUUACCUUUCCACUCUGCAACAAGGAUCUUACCAAGGUGCCACAAUACCACGGCAGCAGUGGGUUCUACUCCUUGACAAAUCUCAUCGAUGGCAAAUUUGGCAUUCUCCCCCAUGGAUCCCAUGAGCCUUGCGAAAUAUGCAGAGAUAUUGGAGCAGAUGAGAGAAUAACCUUGAAGUUAAGUGGUUUGUAAUAGGAAGCGUGCUCGACGGUGCAGUCAGGGUCAAUCAGCUCCAUGAGCCGUGCGAUGUCCUUGUCAUUGAGGGAGGAAUAGAACUCGUGAAUCACAUCUGUCAGGGGGGAAGAUGGUAAGGCAUUAUCUCCAUCUCCAUGGAAAGCUUUGUUGAGACCCCUGGUUGCUUUUGGCCCUGGUAUUGAUCGUAUGGGCUUUGGCGAACAUUGUUGGCUCUUCCCCGACUUGGCGCUUAUCUUGUGUCGCCGGGACAAGAGGCGCUGUUUUGGGUUGAGAGAGGGAGAGUGGAAGGAGACAAGUGUGAGGGCAGAAUUCAUGGCGUUUGGGUGUUUGAAUGCAGAAAGAUGGCCAAUGCAUAGGGGAAUGAGGUGUGAUAUAGCAGCGUUGGUGGGCAUUUUUCGGUUGCUUGGUGGUCAGACAAGGAAUCCGACUGAGUACAUACAUAUGGAUGGAAUAAUUAGCAUGGUGGUGCAUUGCUAAAGCAUAAAAAUUCGUUAUGAUAUGAAGUUAGGAAUAUCUUCCUACAUAAUAAUGUACAGAGCCAGGCCAAUCAGUAAAAAG